AUGCCUCAGAAAAUAGUCAACAUUACCAUCGUAAUGGAAUUCUUACUCAUGGGAUUCCCUGGUGACUGGAUGUUACAGAAACUGUAUGCAGCCUUCUUCUGCCUCAUCUACCUAACAGCGCUGAUGGGGAAUCUCCUCAUUGUCACUCUCACCACCAUUGACGAGCACCUCCGAGCCCCCUUGCAUUUCUUCCUGAAGAAUUUAUCCUUAAUUGACGUGUGCUAUAUCUCUGUUACUAUCCCCAAGUCCAUCAUGAACUCUCUGUCCAACAGCCAUUCCAUCUAUCUACCAGGAUGUGCCUUGCAGGUUUUUCUUGUUAUGUUUCUUGCUGGCACAGAGUAUGCCCUCCUUAUGGUCAUGUCCUAUGACCGCUUUGCUGCCAUCUGCCAUCCUCUGCACUAUGAGACCAUUGUGAAUAGAUAUGCCUGUGUGCAGAUGGUGACUGCAUCGUGGCUCAGUGGAUGUGUCUAUGGAUGCAUUCAUGUAGCAGGUACAUUCUCUGUCAAUUUCUGUGGGUCUAACUUAAUUCACCAGUUCUUUUGUGAUAUUCCAUCAUUACUUACACUUGCUUGUUCUGGGGAGCAUAUUUUAGAAUAUGCAUUUAUCAUUGCUAGCUGUUGUUUUUCUUUUGUAUGUUUUAUUUUAAUUAUUGUUUCCUAUGCUCACAUUUUCUCAGCUGUUUUAAGAAUUUCAUCUAUUCAAGGCAAAUUCAAAACUUUCUCUACCUGCAUACCCCACCUCACUGUAGUAACCUUGUUUUUCUCUUCUGGAGCCAUUGCAUAUUUAGGUUCAGCCUUCAAAUCUCCAUCAUCAAUGCAUCUCCUUACAUCUGUGUUAUACUCCUUAGUACCUCCUACGCUGAAUCCUGUCAUUUACAGUCUGAGAAACAAGAAUAUGAAGGUGGCCCUUAGCAAAAUGUUUGGUGUAAAAAUGGUCUCAAAGAUAUAA